CCUGGCAGUGCGCAUGCGCCUCGUCCCUACGCGGUUUCUGGGCGCCAGGGUCUGCACCGAAACAUGGCAGAGGUUGGGUCCAAGUCAGUGCUGUUCGUGUGUCUCGGUAACAUUUGCCGGUCACCCAUUGCAGAAGCAGUAUUCAGAAAACUGGUAACUGAUGAAAAGGUUUCCGAUAAUUGGGCCAUUGACAGCAGCGCCGUUUCCGACUGGAACGUGGGCCGGCCCCCAGACCCAAGAGCUGUCAGCUGCCUAAGAAAUCAUGGCAUUAGCACAGCCCAUAAGGCAAGACAGAUUACAAAAGAAGACUUUGCCACAUUCGAUUAUAUACUAUGUAUGGAUGAAAGCAAUCUGAGAGAUCUCAAUAGAAAAAGUAAUCAAGUUAAAAACUGCAAAGCUAAAAUUGAGCUACUUGGGAGCUAUGAUCCACAGAAACAGCUCAUCAUUGAAGAUCCCUAUUAUGGCAAUGACUCUGACUUCGAGGUGGUGUACCAGCAAUGCCUUAGGUGCUGCAAGGCCUUCCUGGAGAAGACUUACUAGCUGGUCCUAACCACCACCAUUGAGCAGCUCAUUCAUCAGUACUGUGCCCAAGGGUGGUGGCAGUUCUUAGCCCCAUACCCCACCUCUCUUUUC